AUGCAUGUCACCAAUGGUGUCCCCAACGGUGUCACCAAUAGUGUCACCAAUAGUCGCAAGGAGUUCAACUGCCACCAAGGCAAAGAGAGCGGACCGCACAAGGAGAUUGGAACAGAGGAAUCGGUUGCGUCCUCGCUGUCGAGCAACCAGGCCGCCUACAGCACGAUCUUGACCGGGCUCAGGGAGGACGUGGACCGGGAGGGCCUCCUGCACACCCCAAUGCGUGCCGCCAAGGCCAUGCAGUUCUUGACCGAAGGCUACAAAGAGUGCUACCAAGACAUCCUCAAUGACGCGAUCUUCGAUGAAAACCACAAUGAGAUGGUCAUUGUCAAAGAUAUCGACGUGUUCUCUCUCUGGGAACAUCACCUGGUGCCCUUCUUUGGCAAGGUUCACAUAGCGUACAUCCCCAACAAGAAAGUGGUGGGCCUGAGCAAGCUUGCCAGAAUCGUAGUGAUUUACAGCAGAAGAUUACAAGUUCAGGAGCGCUUAAGCAAACAGAUUGCCACCGCUAUUAAUGAUGCCCUGAAGCCUGCAGGGUUCGCUGUGUUGGUGGAGGCAGCUCACAUGUGCAUGGUGAUGAGAGGAGUUCAGAAGAUCAACAGCAAGACUGUGACGAGUGUCAUGCUGGGCACGUUCCAUGAUGACCCCAAGACCCGUGAUGAGUUCCUGACACUCAUCAGGAGGAGCUGAAACGCUUGAACCUCAGUCUACAAAGCGACUUUGACUCCUAGAAAAGAGCUAUACAAAUCGAAUUUAUUAUCAUUAUUAUUAUUAUUAUUACUACAAAGAGAUGUUUAGUAUACCAUGCUGUUAUGCUGAUUCUAGGAUUACUUUAUCAUCAUGUUUGUCUGGAGUUUUUACGAUUUUGGAAGAUGAUUUAGACAAUUUUGCAUAACUUUUUUUAUGAUGAAUGAACCUUUGAUAGUUUAACUUUUCGUCUUAUCAUUUUUGUCUGUUUGCUUAUGGUCUUGCCGUAAUGGCUUAAUGUAUGGCAGCAUCCUUCUUUACUUCUGUUAUUUUGUCAACAUGUUCAAAU